GCUUUCACAAAGCUAAUUUAACAGCCGGAAAAAUGACUUCAACUAUUCGUGAACUAGCUACACAAAUCCUUGCCCUCUGCACCCAGCUUGAACAAACCUGCAAUGAAGCUGAUAUUCCCCCUCCGUCACUCUCCGCAGACACCAGAAGUUCAUUCUGGUCUAAUACUGAGAUAGCAGCUACACGAACUACAGCUAUUGGUUUGCUAGAGGAACUAACUGUGCUUAUCCAAGGGCCACAGGAGUUUUUACAUGAGUUCGUCGCCUCGCACUGGGACCAUGGGGCGCUAUAUGCGUUCCUCCACUCGCAGACCCUCGAGCAUAUAGCGAGUUCGGGGCGCGCUUCUAUUGAAGAUCUCGAAUCUCAAUCUGGUAUCCCAGCAGACAAGCUUGUUCGUAUCCUUGGGCUACUUCGGUGUCGGCACAUCGUUGAUGAGCCCGAAAAAGGUGUCUAUACGUUGACUGCGGUAUCGGAAGAACUGGUCAGAGAUAGCGAUUCAAGGGCGUGUUUGGAGUUCCAAUUAUUCGAGACGCGUAUUGCGAGUGCGCACUUGGCGGAUGCUUUAACCCGCAAGCCAAAUGGGUAUACCGAUGGGGUGUCGGCGUUUAAGGAGGGAUUCGGCAUGGAAAUGUACGACUGGCACGCUUGCCAUCCUGACAAGGGAGAACGAUUCCGUCGUGCUAUGAGGGGUGUUUCGCGUGCCCUCGACCCCGCGGCCGCCCUAAUUGAGAGCUAUAUCCAGCAGCACACUCCCACCACCAGAACCAAGAUCGUCGAGAUCGGAGGCCGCUACGGCUUCGCCUCUGUUUCCCUCGUACAUAACCACCCAGAACUCUCAUUCGAAGUCCGCUCCGACUCUCAAGACUUCCUCGACCGCGGCGGCGCCCAAGUUCCAUCUUCUUAUCGGGAACGAAUAUCCUUCACGCAUUGCCAGUCGGUAUUCGAUUCACCCCCUGCAUGCGAUACACAUACGGUAUGGCUAUAUGUGAUAAGGAAUCUAUUGUGGAACUGGUCCGAUGCGGAUGUCGUCAGACUUCUUAGAGCUAUUAAACAAGGCGCGGGCACGUCUAUCCGCAUCCUGGUAACCGAUGGGGUGUCACCCAUGUCUGGGCAGUUUCCGCUACACGAGGAGAUUGCGUAUCGACGGAGGGAUAUUACGACUAUGAGUAUGCAUAACGUGAAGCAGAGGACUCAGGAGGAAUGGGUGGGGGUGUUCAAGCAGGCUGCCCCGGGUGUACGGGUAAAGACUACGUUUGGGAGAAGUUCGCAUGUCUAUAAGGGGCUGUGGGAAAUUAGCUUUGUCGAUGAAUGAUGAUGAUAAUAACGAUGAUGGUGGAAUUAGAAUACAUGAUAGGGGAAAUCUACAUUAGGUGAAAGAUUGGCGACAGGAUCGUGUAGAUCACAAAAACGCACACGUGAUUCGAAGAUACUGU